CUCUCUCUCUCUCUCUCUCUCUCUCUCUCGAAUAAACACAGUACUCUUCUUCAAACUUCUCUCUAACAAAAAACACAGUCACACAGUAGAAACGCUCUCUUUACAACUCCAUAGCACAAUAUAUAAUUUUUGUUCCAAAUCUGACCUUGGACAAUACUGAAAUUGACAGAUAGAGUUACCCAUCAAUGAAGACAAAUUGGGCCACCGCUAACCCCGCUGCCGCCGCAGCCACCAGGCCCACCACCAACAAGACAGCAACCAAAACCCAGCUUUACAACCCCAUGCGCCACCCCUACCGUCCUAACCCCACCGCCCGCAACCUCAGCAGUCGACGCUUCAGCUGCCGCCGUUGCUUCUGCCGAUCUUGCUUCGGGUCCAUUAUCCUACUCAUUGCUAUUUUCUUCCUUGUCGCAAUUGCCGCCGCUGCCUUCUACAUACUCUACCACCCCCACCGCCCUGCAUUCUCCGUCUCCUCCCUGAAAAUCACCCAGUUCAACCUCACCACCACCACCUUCGACGGCACAACCCACUUAACAACUCAAUUGAACCUUACUCUUUCCGCCAAAAAUUCCAACACAAAGGUGAUAUUCUACUACGAUCCCAUGUCCAUCACAGUGUCAUCUAAUCAAGUAACCAUAUCAUCUGGUUCUUUCAAAAAUUUCACCAAUUCACCAGGCACCAUUUUCAUAAUACACACCACAACUGGAUUAAACUACCAAUUAUUAGACGGGGACGAAUUGAAUUCAUUGAAGUCAGAUCUGAAGAAGAGAAAUGGGAUCCCAUUACAGAUUGUGGUGGACACGAUGAUAGGGGUGAAAAUGGAAAAGCUGAAGACCAAAAAGGUCGGAAUCAGAGUCAAGUGUGAUGGCAUUCGUGGAUGGGUGCAAAAGGGCAAAAAUCCUGCCUUGGCCAAUACUUCUGAUGCAAAAUGUAAGGUUGAUCUCAAGAUCUUCAAGUGGACCUUUUAGUUUAAUUAUUAUUAUACUUCUUGCUUUUCAAUGGGGAUUUUGGGUCACAGUUUUAAACUUUAUAUAUAUAUAAGUUGUAAUGAUAUUAUCAAG